GACCCCUAAAAUUAUAAAGAAAAACUGGAAGAUUUUUCCCUGAUUAUAAGAGAAAUAUGCAUCUCACGAUAGAAAAUUUGGGAAAUAUAGAAAAGUUUGAAGUAGCUGGGAGCCCCCCCACCACUUCCUCCUGGGGGCCAUUCAGGGCAUCUCCUUCCUGGGUGGGAGAGGUUUUCAACACCAAGGGCUGCUUGUUAGGAGGUGGUUUUUUCUGGCAGGGCCCCCUCUUUACCUCCCAGUUUCUGCCCCCGCUCAUGAAUGUCCCCGGCUUCCCUUGCCCAGACGAUGUUAACAGAGACGCCGUCCCAGAUUCUGGUUGAUACAGAGCAGGCCCCCUCAACCUCGGCACCACUGACACUUGGGCUGGAGAAUUCUCUGUCAUGGGGCAGAAUCUGUGGCCUCUGCCUACUGCCAGGACCACCCCUUGCCCAGUUGGAACGACCAAAAAUGCCUCCCUACACUGCCCAGUGCUCCCUGGGGAACAAAACCCCUCCCACGUGACACCCACUGUUACAGAGUUAUCAUCUAUGCCACCAAUUUUCAUAGAUUCCAAUGUAAUAUAAUGUGCAUAAUGCAAAAAUUACAUGAAUUCUUUUUAAAAUCACCCCUCACCCCACCUUAUUCUAAAAAGGAUUGUAGGUGACAUCCUUAAAUUAAUCCGCUACCACGAAAUUUUUAGAAUAAAUAAUAGCAAAUAGGGGGAAAAUGGAAAAUAAGGGUAGUUUAGUAAAAUAAAUUGGUGGUAAAAAUAAAAUACCAAAUUCACCCACUAGAAAACCGGGCGGUGACUGGCGAGAGCUGUGUGUUUCAUUCAGACUUUCCAGCAAAGAAGAAGCCCACUGAUUGCUGAGAAGUCCAGCGUCCCUAAAAUUUCUCCCUUGGGUUCUCAAAAAAGCACAAUGUGAACUAGGAAGCACCAUUCCCCCAGUAAGUGGACAUUCGUCUGGCAGUUAUUUAGGUCCUUUAGUAUCAUAUCAUAAGGAACAUAAGUUUGUCUUUCCCGGGUUCAUUGAUCCAAUAUUUAUUGAAGGCUUUUGGGCACAUGACAUGGUGCUGGACAGUGGGGACACCAAGAUGACCACAGGCAAGCUGCUUCCCACCCCUGGUGUCCCUGGGAAGAACGUGGUCAGCAGCAUUCAGAGAAGGGAGGGGUUCCUCGUGCCGGGGGUCUGGCUUCACAGCACACACACUGUCUGAGCUGAUGUCAGAGCGACUCUAGGUUCAAAGGCAGAGGAACAAAAAGGACACUUCCACAGGAAACAGAGGCCCAGAGAGUUUUCAGGCAAGUGACUUUUUUUGGGGGGGAGGAGAGCAUCUUUAUUAUAAUUCACAUACCAUAAAAUGCAUUUAAUGUGUGCAAUUCAGGCGUUUUCAUGUAUUCACAGAGCUGUGCAAACAAUGCCACAAUUUUAGGAUAUUUUCAUCACCCCCAAAAAAGAAGUCCUGGAACCUUCAGCUCUCACUCCCCAUUCCCACCCCCUGCAACCACCAAGCUUUCUGUCUCUAUGGAUUCACCUGGGUAUUUCGUAUAAAUGGAAUCAUAUGCAUUCUUUCAUGAGCAUCUAACUUAGCAUCAUGUUUUCAAGUUCAUCCAUAUGUAGCCUGUGUCAAUACUUCCUUCCUUUUUAUGGCUAAAUAGUACUUCAUUGUCUGGAGAGACUGCAUUCCGUUUCUCCAUGUGUCAGUUGAUGGGUGUUUGGGUUGUUUCCAGUUUUUGGCUAUUGUGAAUAAUACUGCUGUGGACAUUUGUGUUGAAGUUUUUGUGUGGGCGUAUGUUUUCGGUUCUUUGAGGACAUAGCUAGCCGAGGCAUUGCUGGAUCAUGUGGUGAAGCUGAUGACAUUUUACACUGUGGCGACUAAAAGUCUUGUGAGUCUCACUUAUUAACUCUGUGCUGCUUAAAGUGCAGCCCUGGGGUAAGGACACCCCUGGGGAGUAGUAAGAUCCCAGCCACUGUGGGAUCCAAUGGUUUGCCAGAGCACAGAGAUUGUGUAAGGAAGAGGCAGAGGGUUUCCGCGUCUCACGAGGCCAUCACGCGUAGCACACUCGAAACUCUUGGUAGAAACACCACCUUCCGGGCUGGGCCUCAGAGCUGCUGAUUCCGUGGGGAGGGGCGCUCCCAGGACUCUGCCUUUGUAAUUAGCUCCCCUGACGUGAUCAGAUGUUGAACAACCCUGCCCUAGACAGUGAGCAGGUGCCCCGUGAUACACAGUAGGCACCCAGAGGCUCUUUGAACAACUCAGUGUGAUCCUUUUCACAAACAGGGAAGGGGGCUUUUCAAAAAUUCUGUGAGAUGGUCUGAGCCAGUUCCAUCUUGGCCCUCUGCACAUUUAGGGGAAGUAGGGAUGCUAAGAUCUGCUGCCCCUCACACCCUAGAAAGAGCUUCCAAGGAGGGAGAAGGGCAGUGGGCAAAGACUUAACCUGAGCCCUAGAUAGGGGCCAGAGGUGGGGUGGUAGCUGUCUGUGCCUCUUCAGCAGCCUGUGAGCUGCCCGGAGGCCAGGGCUGUCACCUUUGAGUCCUGGAUUCCAGCCUCAAGUGGGGGCUGGGCUGUGCACAGGAUCGCCUAUUCCCUGUCACCCCACCACCUUCCAGUGCUCUUAGCACCUCCUGGCAGGACAAGAGGGCCCCAGAAAGCAGCUCGGGCCAGGGCCUACCUGCAGGGUGUGAGGGGGGUACUUGGGGUCAGAGGGCACGGCCAGCCCCUCCGGAUGCUGAAGAGGAUAAAGUGGGGCAGGGGCUACAUUCAUUCAACCACUCAUGCAUUGCUUGCAGAGUAUGUAUUGAGUGUCUGCUGUAAGCUAAGUUUUACUGGGAGUGUUGGAACCUCUCUGUCCCUUUGACCCCCGGGUUUCCUUCCUUGGGCCAUAUGUGUCAUUAUCAUCAAGACACAAUGGUUUCUUCUCCACAUUUCUGGUGAUGUUGCUUCUCCUUGUGCCAGUCCCCAGUGGAUACCCCACUCUCCGGAGUGAGAACCCCAAGCAGGUUCCGCUGGGCAUGGGCGGAGCGGGCCUUGCCUCGCUUGGAGCUGGCUGCCUGCAAGCUCAGCCGUCCAGCCCGUGGCGUCCACCCUGGCUGCAGCGCCUGCCCAGGCCUCAGGCCAGCCCUGGCCCCGCAGCUGUCAGCUCGGAGCAGCCAGAGACGGCCUCGGGGGGCCAGCCAGGGCAGGCAUCUCGUGCAUCCUGCUUCAUUAAUAAUGAAUGGCCAGACACUGCCCGCACCUCUCCCGGGUUGCCUCACUGACUUGGUAGAAGCCUCAGCCGCCCACGGCGCACAGAGCCAGGAACUGGAUUCCAGGCUCCCUCAGAGAGACUCAAGAAGCCGGGAUAAGCAGCUGCUCCUCAAGACCCCCUGAGCCGCUGCCCCAAGGAACCAGUCACUGCGGCCCUGUACAGCCCCCACACCAUCACCUCCAGCUCAGCGAGCCACGAGGACGCGCCGGAGGGAGCCCUCCCUUCUCCCAUCCAAGGAAGGCGGCUGUGCUCAUCACCUGUCACUCAUCAUCAGGAGUAACUCGCAGCCCUGCCCUGCCCAACACUUUUGGAGACUGUUGGGCUGAAGACUUGGGCAGCCAGAGCUGGACAAGGGUGGGGACAGAGGAAGGACCUGCAGAGACAAGAGAUGUGAGGGGGAGAAAAUGCGCGUCCUCAACCUCCAGCCACUCUUCAGGCAGGUCUUCUCUAGCUGGGGUCUGGAAAUGUGACUCCCUCCCAUCGGAGCUGUGCCGGCUUCUUCCCCACUGUUGCCUUUGGAAAUCCUCACUCCCGAAGGAACCCCUGCAGCUUCCUUGCCUUCUGGAUAAAGUCUCAUCGUGGUCAGGGGAGAAGAGUUUCUAGAGGAAGAUGGCUCCUGAGCCCAAGGGGACCAGGGACGCAGCCAGGAUCUGAGCACCCGGCCUCAGCAUGCAGGUGUCCUUCGUGUGCUCAGAGCACAGCCUCAAGGGCCGGGGCCCUGAGGAACGGCUGGGCCGACCGGCAGCCAGCAGCCCCAGCCUGGGCACCCGAGGCCGCUUCCGCACCGUGGCCAUGGUGGCCCGGAGCCUGGGACAGCUGUCGGCGCAGAGCCUCCCGUGUGCCGGGGACGCCAGCGUGAAGCCGCACGGGAUGAAAUAUAGGAAUCUGGGCAAGUCUGGCCUGCGGGUCUCCUGCCUGGGACUUGGAACAUGGGUGACCUUUGGAGGCCAGAUCACUGAUGAGAUGGCAGAGCAGCUCAUGACCUUGGCCUACGAUAAUGGCAUCAACCUGUUCGAUACGGCAGAAGUCUACGCAGCCGGCAAGGCUGAAGUGGUGCUGGGAAACAUCAUUAAGAAGAAAGGAUGGAGGCGGUCCAGCCUCGUCAUCACCACCAAGAUCUUCUGGGGCGGAAAGGCGGAGACGGAGCGGGGCCUGUCCAGGAAGCACAUAAUUGAAGGUCUGAAAGCUUCUCUGGAGCGGCUGCAGCUGGAGUAUGUGGACGUGGUAUUUGCCAACCGCCCGGACCCCAACACCCCGAUGGAAGGGGACCCAUUUAGUUCCUCCAAGUCAAGGACAUUCAUCAUAGAAGAGACCGUCCGCGCCAUGACCCACGUCAUCAACCAGGGGAUGGCCAUGUACUGGGGCACGUCACGCUGGAGCUCCAUGGAGAUCAUGGAGGCCUACUCGGUGGCCCGGCAGUUCAACCUGACCCCGCCCAUCUGCGAGCAGGCUGAGUACCAUAUGUUCCAGCGCGAGAAGGUGGAGGUUCAGCUGCCAGAGCUGUUCCACAAGAUAGGAGUGGGCGCCAUGACCUGGUCGCCUCUGGCCUGUGGCAUCGUUUCUGGCAAAUACGACAGUGGCAUCCCGCCCUACUCAAGAGCCUCCCUGAAGGGCUACCAGUGGCUGAAGGACAAGAUCCUGAGUGAGGAGGGCCGGCGCCAGCAGGCCAAGCUGAAGGAGCUGCAGGCCCUCGCCGAGCGCCUGGGCUGCACCCUGCCCCAGCUGGCCAUAGCCUGGUGCCUGAGGAACGAGGGCGUUAGCUCCGUGCUCCUGGGGGCCUCCAACGCGGACCAGCUCAUGGAGAACAUUGGGGCAAUACAGGUCCUUCCAAAGCUGUCGUCUUCCAUUAUCCACGAGAUUGAUAGUAUUUUGGGCAAUAAACCCUACAGCAAAAAGGACUACAGAUCCUAAGCCGCCCCCGCCUGCUCGGACAGUUCCCGUUCCCUCCUAGUCUCUGUUCGCUCGCUUAAGCUGUUUCGAAGCCAAGUAAAGAGUGUGGUUUGCAUCAAAGAGAAACACCACACUGUGAUGUCAUCGGGAAACCAUCUCCCAAGUCGCUGCCAGACACCGCCCACUGCUUCACCAGACCAUGUCGAAGUCCCACCUGUGCCGGGAAUGGCAUUGGUUAGGAAGGACGUCCCAGCUGUCCCACCCCAGCCUGUCACGUCCUCUCAUCCUCCAAGAAGAGACCACCCAGCUUUCUGCCAGCCGCAGCCACGAGUCCCAAAGUCAAGGCCAGGCCAAGGCCCGAUUGGGUCCUUGGGGCAGGCAGGGCCGGCCUCUCCUCUGCUGAGAAUCCCUACCUGGUGUGGGGGGAGGGGGAGAGGGGUCUGGCCCAUCGAGGGGUCCCUCUUCCAGGGCCUUGGUUGCUGGGGCAGAGCCUCCCCACUUGGGGUCUUCCUCCACCUACCACUUGCCAGGGGCUCCAGGUACAGCCUGGGGGGCCUGACCCCAGAUUCCUCCCCCAACCUUCUCUGCUCCAACCCUUCCCACUGGGUCCCCGCAGGAGUCUUGCCUACCAAGCUCGAGCUGGCCCUUGACCCCCACCCACCCCCACCCUUGCUGGCAGGGGCAGGGACCCAGGGGGAUUGGCUCCACCAGUCUGGGAGCCACAAAAAGUGUAGGGGUCUGAUUUCCAGCUCAGCAUCCCACCACCUUCCGUCCACACACCAGUGAUGAGCCUCACACCAGCGAGGCCCAGAGCACUUGGGAGAGGUCCCAGCGGGGGCAGGCCCCUCUGUCCGGCCACCCCUCUGUCCGCCACCCCUCUGUCCUGGCCCCGGAAGGCCCUGUGGUCAUGUGCUCUUAGUUGGAUGGUGGCUGCUGGCUACAUCACGACAUGUGGCAGCAGGAGGGCCCUGUGCACAAGGACACAUUCCUCUUGGCCCCUGUAGACCUCCUCUAAAGCCACCUCGACCCCAGGCUGCUGUUCUGCGCCAAGGUGGUGGGCUUGGGUUUUGCAGAGAGCAUGCUUGGACCUUUUCAGUAAAGAAAGGCCCUUGGGGUUUUCUGUGCUGUGUGCCCAGGACUGGGGGUCUGCAGCCCCCAUAAUGUGGGCAAAGACCUCAGGGAACCUCUCCCUGGAAAGAUGGCCAGGACAGGUGAGCCCUUCCCACUGCCCAGUGCCUGCAACAGACCGGGGAGGGGGAGGGAGGGCAGGGCAAGCCAGAGUGACGCCCCUGUGCAGCCUGGGCCAGAGGGCUGGGGAUGCCAAGAAGCCUGCAGGUGCUGAGAUGCCGUCUAGAGGCCCAGGCCUGUGUCCUGAGAAGUACCCAGGCUUUGCUGACUGUGUGGGGCAGGGUUCUCCCAAAGCCGCCCCCACCCCUUGCCAGCAGGCCCCACGGGGAAGCCUGUGCUUCCUGCCCCCAGGGCGAACCUCAGCUGGGGCUCCUCUGUUCCCACCGGAGCCCGCUGUUCCAGAAGGCUCCACCCUGCCAUCCUGCAGGGACUGCUAUCCUGUCCUGGCCGGGCCGAGGCCUGGGAAGCUAUGUGUGAAAGCCACAAAAACCAGCGGGGAGGGGCCAGGUUGAGAGGAGGAGAGGGACACAGCUUCUGCCAUUCCCAACCCCCCUUCACGCUGCCCCGGCGUCUAAACCCGGGCCCCUCCUCGUAGACCAACUCCCGGGGUCUCCACCAGUCCUGCUGCUGGCUUCACCAGAAGCAGCCCUGCAGGUGUGGGGCAGGGAAGUCUCCUCCCAAUGGAGGUCCCAGCCUGUGGCCCAGGUCCAGGUAGGAGUCGCCUGCUUCCUUCCACGACUAGGUCCUGCAGUGGCCAGUGGUGCCGGAGGGCAGGUGGCCCCCCCUUGCCUUCAGGGAGGGUGGCUGGCCCCAUCCCCACUGCCACCCCAGCCCCACCCACUGUUGGAAGAGGGAUGGGCGCACGAGGUGGUGCCCAGGGUGGGCACUGCUGCCUAAUACAAGCCACACCAGGGGCAGCUGAGCCCGCGAAGGCUGCGAGUUUGCCAAACACAGGGAGGCCGGGCCCCUGGUGAGCUUGGCCGAGGCCCAAGGCCCUGGUGCCAGGAUGCAGGCAGCCUCGGGCACAGCUCUUCCCACAAUCUGGCUCCUGGGUGUCCUGUUUGCUCCACACCAAACCGCAGCGAGGGUGUGAGGGCUCUGCCUCCUGGGGCCAGGUCCCCCGACUCGGGAGGGGGGGUGUUGGGUGGCACCAUCUGAGGAAGUACAGAAGGCCAAGGCCAGUGGGGUCUAGAAAGGGCGGCGCUGGCCCUGCUGGCCGCUGCAGGGCCCCCACUGUUUCCCUCCCACUCAGCCUUGUGGCCAGACCCCAGGUCCCAAGGAGUGACGGGGGCUUCCGCCCAUCUUUUGUCCUUGUCCAGUCAUGUAAAUAAUGUGCUUUUUCCUUUUUUUUAACCAACUGUGGUUCCUCAGCUAAUUGCAUUCCUUACCUAGGCAGAGACUGUCCUAUGCCUUGAGCUUCCAAACAAGACUCAGACCACGACUCAGCCACCGUAUUUAUGGAAUGGCAAAAUAAAGCCCAAACCCAUCGGACUCUGCG